AUAUUUGACAACUGAACUCUUACACAUAAAUAAACAAAACGCAUAAUGUUUUAACGGAUAAAUAAACAAAAAGAAGUUAGCAAUUAAAAUACGUUAACUUAUCUUGAAAAAAGUGGGCCAUCUUAUCCAAACUGUGAGGGAAAGAUAGCCAUAGUAUUUAUAAAUAAAUAAUGAUAACGGAAAUACAAAUUAUAACUCAAAUUACAAGUUACAUACCUGUAUUAUGUAUCUAAUUUUGAUUACGGCAGCUUAACUAUAAUUUAUUUCAUAUUACAGCAGCUUUUACUAGACACAUGAAAAACUAUGCAGGUAAUUGAAAAUUAAAAUGUUAGAUAUUAUUCAUAAUAUUGUUAUUUCGAUUAGUGUACGUAUAUUAACUACUGUAAAUAUUAAUUAUCUUUGAGAUUGAGUACCAAAAUGCACUAUUUAACAAUUAUUGUAAAAAUUACAGCCAUUGGCCAUCUUUUCCGUAUGGCCAUCAUACCCUAAGUUACCCUAUCGUGACUCAAAAGUUAACUUAUAUCACUUUUAUAUUUUUUCGCUGAUUUUAUAUUAUUUUUCUUGUCAUCCUUUUCUACUUUUCUUAUCUCUCAUCUUUCUGUGAAGAAGACUCGUUUCUUUGAUAAAGUUCGCGUAGCAUUGUCAAUGUAAUCGGCGGAGUAAUUAUAAUGGACAGUCCGUUCAAAAGCUCAAAAAUUCUCGCGAUUAAUAUGAAAGCUAGACAGUUCCUUUUUCAAUAUUUCUCUGGAUUUUAUUAAUACUGAAAUUUUAAUAUCCCGUCAUAUUGCGCACGCUGACACUUUUUGACUCGUUUAAAAAGAAACGCUCGUUUAAAAAGGAACAAAUAACCCGAUAAUCCAGUUAGAGUUGUAACAAUCGUCCGCAUGUAAAAUCGUGGUUUUGCCGAAUCGACUGACGCGUUUACCGGCUGAUAAUUUAUGUGUAAAUGCAGCGGGAGCGCAUUAUCAAGGCGUUACCGCGAAACGUUCCCCAAUAAUUGCGAAUCGGCUAAUCGAACAGCAUGACACUAUAAAAGCGGUUUAUCCCGCAUCGCGGAGCGCGCUUAACGCUCAAAGUCGCGCAAGAUUUAUACUUCUCGCCCCGGAAGAUACAACGGACAAUAAAUUUCAGCCGGCACAAUACCUAAUCCGACAAGAUGAAGAACUAUUACCGGGCAGCUGGAUACAAAAGUGGAAAGAAACGAAUACAAAUAAUGCCAGAGAAAAGUUAUAUUGAGUGACAAUUUAAAUGAUAAUUUUUGGAAGCUCUCUCUCUCUGGAAUUUUCUUCCCUUUCCGCGGAGAUACUCCGCGCGGCCACUAUUUCGAUGAUAAUGUGCUUAAAUAAGAGAAAAAGAACGUGUAAAUUAUCGUGUCAGUUAACGACUACUGGCACUCGCCGGAUGACGUAAAUUUAAAUUCCGUUAACUCGUAUUUAAUUUACAACGGCCACUAUUUCAGGCGUGUUAAUAAUGUAAAAAAAGUACGACUUUAUAUUUAUGCAAUAACGUUUGCUGAUGGACAGGAACAAAUUGAUCCAUGUUAUGUAAUAAUAAUCGGACAGUUCGUUAGUUGAUUCUGCGAUAUAUUUUAUAUUUAUGCAAUAACGUUUUCUGACAGGAACAAGUUCAACCAUGUUAUGUAAUAAUAAUCGGAAGGUUCGUUGGUCGGUUCUGCGAUAAGUUACUUGGAUAAUUCACGCAACUCUGAUACUGUUACUUACAAAGCGUGUACGUUACUGCGUACACGGCUAUUUUAGGUAUCACGUUUCAGUAACUUUACGCAAGUGAUAAAUUAUUAAACACAUUUAUUUCCAAAUAAAAUCCUCCUCUGUGAAAUGUGAUAUAUACACACACGUCGCGAAAACGUAAUAUAAUAUAUCACGUAUGAAGUGUUACAUAUAUACCAUAAUUAAUAUUUGAAAUAUCGAUAUUACAUUAUUCUCUCACUAAAAGCGUGAGCGCGAAAGGUAUUUUCACGCUAUAUUUGUCGAGCUCGCGAUUCCACACCAUUUUCGGCAACAAAACGAAAUAAAUUUAGCUUGCAUGAGAUACCCAGGAGACUCGAAAAUUGAACGAGUCCGCGCCGUUUGUACACGCCUCACUAAGGCAUCGAUUUCGAAAUUUUCGUAACUCCAAAAUACCCAAUGGGAUAUUUUAGGAAGUCAAAUAGAGAUACAAACGAACAAGCUUGCGCGCGCGCGGGAGGGGCAAAAAGCACAGCGCGCACAAGCUAAUGAAAAUCUAAUAGCGCGCUGGCUAAUCCUAAAGCGAGUUUGUUAUCGCGCGUGAUAAAGCAAAUAGAAGCCCGCAAAUUACGGAGACCAUUUGGCGAAGUCGGGCGAGCGAGUUCUGUUUGGUAAUCUGCGUUACCGCCGCACCGCGAGCGCUCGCCCGCGUAAAAACACCCCGAGCGAACACGAACACUUACUUUAUUCGCCGCUGAUCAAGAGGGAGGGAAUAUCGCCGUGCAUGAACCGUAUGGUACACGUGCGAGCUCUCAUUACGCGCAAGCCACCCCUGAAAAAUUCCGCCGGGCCAGCGGAAUACCCCUCGAGCGCCUCCAAGUUUCCGCUCGAGGUUUCCGGUGUCAUAAAGGGUGGUGUUUCCGCGAAAGACCUUGAGGUUUCGCACGAAGAGAUAUCCAGAUGGAAUUUCAUUUGCAAGUGGUUUCCGCUAUACCGAGGAGUGAGAAGAGUUCCUUAAAGCGAUCGCCGUCCACGAAUGGCCGGGCGGAUCUCGCGAACAAUAAUACACGCGCGAGAUUCUUCGCAUUAUGUGGCUUUCAUGGGGUUUUUUUGCGUUGUAACGUAAUCGAGAGGAACACACUGUACGCCGGCAUUGUGCAGGAAUGACGACGCGAGAAUUAUUUUCUGAACGAGAGCGAGUUGCUUUCGUUGUAUCGAAUGUGUACCACGAUUCCUCUUCGUCUUUCAUUCUUUGAUUCCGCUAUUGUAUACCUGAAAAUAUCCUACUAUACUAUUAAGCCGCGGGUUAAGGCGAAUGUUGCCCGUACGUUGCCCACGUGAGCAAGGAUAAACCUAAACAUGGCCAUGAAAUAGCAAUUCCAAAUUUAGAACGGUUUGCUUUAACUAAUGUAGGAGCGAGAGUUUCAUAUGCUAUUCUCGAAAUUAUAACUCUACUACGUAAGCAGAGUCGGAGAUGCUCCGAAUUGAUGUUCCAUCUAAUAUCGGUUCGGUAUUAUAUAAGUGUACUUAAGUGGUUUGAUUUCAUAAAUAUUUGCGUCCGACAAGUUACGAACAGCCACAUUAGUAUCAGGGGAAAAUCAAUCUUCUCACGAAAAAGUGGCGAAAAAAAAAACUGUGAUAACAGAACGAAAUGAAAGGCCUCGUCGCAAGUUCCUCAAGUCGAGAAAUUGCAAAACUCUUGGAAUUAAAAAAAGCUCACAAAGAAGUACAUGAUACUCGCUGUUGCGUGAUAAAUUUAAUAAAGCGCAAAACUGAGGCUCGUUGGACUCGGCUGCAUUUCUGUGGGUGGAUUAAUAGCUAAUGCGAAAAAUUUCGCCGAGAUUGCGGCGGCGAUGCGCGUUCCCCGGUAAUUCAGGCAACGCAAGUCAGCCGAACGUAUUUCUCCGUGAGGUCCUCUUUAAGCUGCAUCGUGCUGUUUAUGUGACCUCGCACGCCGACGGAAAAAGCUCGGCCAAGCUCGGUAUCGCGUUCCAGGGUCUCACGAAACUUGCACCGGGUCAUGUACAGUAAGAAUGCCUUUCUCUCUCGCGGCCACUUCCUCCAGACUUUAAAAACUUGCCGGACCUAGGUUCCUUCUCGCGUAAUUAAUUUCGUCAUUAGGGCAUUUUCUUACGUUACAGCCAACCACGUAAUGAAAUGCAUUUUUGCGCUGACAGCCAUUAUCCUUUAACGAUAACGCCGGACGACGUAUCGUCGCUUGAACAAGAAAUAAUAAGUUGAUUUUCUGCAAAGUAAAUUAUCGAUUUGAAAUUUUGUGUCUCCUUCAAUUUGCAUUAUGUCGUAUGUGUCAUAAAAUAAAUAUAUAAUAUAGUUCUAUUAGUUUAUUAGUAGAUAUUAAAUAAAUGGGAUAGAUUAGAUUGUCCAAGAAUUUCGUAACACCUUGCACGUUCUUAUCACUUUAAGUAUGGUAAGAGUAAUUUUCAUGUCACGCACGCACUACACAUGUAGUAUUGGAGGAAACUAAAGUAUUAUUUAAAUGAUGAUAACAUGAACGUAGUUGGCGUGUAAAUACAUUAAAGGUAUAAUUAUUCUGCAGUUCGAUAUCGACAUCGCACGCAAAACGGGCUGCAUGUAUAACGAUAAUCUGCUUUAACCUGUUAUCUACUUUGUAACUAAAUUGCACAUUAGUAGCAUAUUUUCACGUUGAUUCGCUUUGAUUCGCUGCGGAUCACUCGCCGAAACGUAAACGAAUUUUGAUAAUAUUCGCUACCUUCACAGAAUUUCAUGAUAUACCGCGUUUGAGAUAGAUUCACGUUGAAUGCGUUUUACGAAAAACGCGCGCACGUUCUUUAUUAUAUAAAACGUAUACUGUACUCUACAUCGGAUUAUUAGCGGAAUUGGUGCGCGUAUGGAAAUUUUAUGUUAAAAGCAAAUACAAGCGUAAGCUUGAUUUUCGCACCGAUCGCUGUAAAAGAGGAAAAAAUAAAGCUUGCUUUAUCGGGUCGCGCCGGACAUAAUAGAAAUGCUAGUCUACUUGCCGUUCACGUACGGAUACAUGUUGUUUCCGCUCUGUUAUUCGCUUUCGCGCACGCAAAGAAUAUGGAAUUAGGACUUUUUAUCUGUACGUCAAGUCUCGCAAUGAUUGUCAGCUAACAAGCGAGCCUGGAGUCGGAGUUACAUGACGCGUUGCAAUGUGCGUUUCGUAUGGUUCAUAUGAAUAAGAAAAAUAUCUCAUUUUUAUCGACGAUUUUUGAUAAAGAAAUGUAUUACGAUACAAGCUUAAGGAGCCCUUGGUUCGUCGCGGGAAGACGAUGCAAAUGACUCAUUUAUUCCACGUCCCUCUCGUGUGGAAACUUGGCUGCGCGACACAUGCAAAAUUAGGAUUCAAUUAAUAUUUCUCGUUGUUGUUUAAUUAAUAACCGGAGUUCGACGCUCAGCAUACGCUCCUGUAGGCAUGCGUUUACCAGCGGGAAUUCGUGUUAUCAAUAAAUAUAAAUCGAACCACAUAGCGCCGCAGCGGCAGUAACGGCGUUUGCAUGAUGCACGCUCGCGCUCGUUGGCGGACCGCACAUCCCCGACUUAGCGCGUUUUCCGAAGCUGCUGUUCAAUUGCUCACGAGCUGGUUAGAUUAGUUCGGGACGUAGUUGGCCGAGUACCGACAGCACUUUAGAUUGACUUGAAUAUUUGACAACGAACGACAUAUGCAAUUCCCCGGGCGGAUUCCCCGCCGCCGCGUUCCCACGGGAACACUACCCGCCGGGACAUUACAACACGAACGCAACCCCUCGCCCACCUCGCCCACUCCUGACAUACACAUACGUUUGAGGAGGCGUCCAUUACACGGGACGCUGCGGACUCGCACGCUGACCUAUCUCUCGAGCUUUUAUGGCGGCCGCUUUUACACGAGUUUGUUUCACGGCAUGCAUAAUAAAUUGAUGUGCUGAAGAAAUGCGGGCGGCCGGUUAAUGCUUCAGAAGAUUGCAACUGCGCCCGGAUGAAUUAUCGAUUCGCGGUUACAGCGCGCGCCGGUAGUCGAGCGCGAACUCUCGCUCCCCUCGUUCUCGCCUGGAUUGCGAGGCACGAUUUUUCAAGUUAUUAGCGGUAACGAACGUAGCCUGAUAACAAGUUCUUCCCGAGAUUCUCUCUCGAUCGUAAUUAUCGUAGCAAAAAUAUACCCGGGUCGCAGGGAAUAGAAGAGCCGACAAAAUUAACGUUAAUGUUCCCGUAAUUGAUAUUUUUGCAGCUUCGAUUUUCUAUCUCCCUUCCAUGGCGUCCGCGUGAAAACUCGCGACACAAGUAUUCAUAUCCGAGUGCGGCGUAUUUUAUCGAUACUAGAGCGAAGUGUCGUUAUACAAUUGCAGCUGCGCGCAAUUCGAUGUUACGGCGGCAUUACCCCGUGCAUCCCCUCGUCAUUUUUCAACUUCACGCCCGUAUCGGUUAUUUAUUACGCUACGGAACGGGCCCUCCCCCGUACCACGUCACGUCCGACACGGAUUUUACGUAUAAGGCUAUCUCGCCAAUUAUCACUUUGCUUGCCGAGUCUGGCGUGUCCGAAAUACACAUCAAUAUUUUUAAUUAAUAAACACACAGUGCGUCAGAUAUGCAUCUCUCGAUGCACGUUGCAUCCUCCGUGUCCCGGGCAUCAACAAAAGUCGAGUGCUGUAAUUUUAAUUAAUGACGUAUUCCUCCGUCGUGGCACGGAAAACUUGAUGCCUUGAUUUUAUCGGGAAAAAUACAAGUUGCACAAAAUUAAAAAUCCCUUCUCGCUCGUAUAACAUGGCGCGUUGAAUUCUGAUUUUUCGUUGCUUAUCUUCACAUUCUUAGCGACGAUUAAUCUGCUUUCAUGUCCACGUACAUUUUCAUCGUCACGCUGGAUACACAAAGCGCCUGCUCGCCGGCCUGCUCAUCUCUCUCACCCCGUGCCAAGCGUUUCUGACAACGCGUGCGAGCAACGCGCGUCUCGAAUUCGAUUUUAAUAAAAGUUCGUUAAGCCGCGCCGCAUGGUACCGCCUGGUAGAACUCUAUAUCUUUUCCGACUGAUUUCCCGAUAUCGGAAACAGUUGGAGCAUGACCGAUUUCCAGAGCGCCGCAUGAUACGAGCACGCGGCACGCAUUUGUAAAAUACUCGUUCAACCGGAAUCGGGCAAGCCGAGAAAGAAAGAAAUCGCCGAAAACAGCGGAUUGCUUUUCUGAUUGAAAGUAUCCGAUAGUAGCGAUUUGUGCAUCCGUAAUAUACCUAAUAUGACGCUCCAAUGGAACAGAGCGAGAUUUUGCGGGAGGCCGGGUUUGAUAAAUCCCUUCUUUCGCGAUACGCAUUAUAUUGUAAUCUCUGUGUAAUUUCGUCAAACGCAUUUACGCGCGCGCUUUCGCCGAGUUAUUUAUUUCCAUUGUGUUUACCGCGCGCACACGCGUGCGUUAGAUCACAAAUUCGAUCGCAGGAUACACGAUUUUCUUACAGAAAGACCUGCUAUAAAAUCCACCAUGUCGUGCAAUGACCUUUUUAUCAACGAUUUGCGCACGCGCGCGCGACCUUAUUCGCGUCAUAAAUGUUAGAGCAUGCUUCAACGUAACCGAAAAUUGCGGCAAAGUGUGAUAUGCGCUAUAUGCGCGCGCGUGCGUGUGUGUGUGUAGACGCGCUAUAAGACUGCUUAAAUAUUAAUGUACGUAGACCUGAUCGGUUGCUCUCCUUUCGCAAGUGGGUCAUUGAUUGAUUGCAUUAUUGACGAUUUAACACCACGAGAUUCAGGUUGAAUUCCAGAACGACUAUCGUCGUCCAGUUUUAAAUAGAACCGAUCGACCCUGAUGCAGAAAGAGAGAAAGUUGUAAGAUUUAACAAAAACAUUGGAAAGAGACGAACGCAUCAGUUGGAUGACCAGAAUUUUUUUCAACGCGGCGGAUUCCAUUUGCGCGCCGCGGCCCGCACUGAUUUUCCACGUGAAUUUACACGCGGAAAAUACGACGAGCGGCGCGCAUUUAUUUAUGAAACAUUUUCAUUAUGAAUUUUUGCGGUACGCUUUACAUAUUUUUGCAUGACAUAUCCGAACAACGAGCACGUUUAUUGGAGCAGCGAUCGGUGCGAAUCGGCGUGCCUUCGCAGUGCGCCGGCAAAAUGGACGCUUUCGAUGAUUUACUUACUCGAAACGCGACACUGUCCAAACAGCUCAGGAACGUCGCGAUAUUUUUUUCCCGUACAUACCCCGACGAACGGGGUAUAAGAGAAUUGCCUACGGCUAUUGCCGACAUAAAAUGUUUCAAACGAAACUAAAAUUAACUGCGCGACCGGAGCGAGACCCGUAGCCCAUUUUACCCGGCGGCUAACAGCGCUCUCCUAAUUCCGUUCGCCGUGUUUCCAGCGCUGGCGAUGAAACCCAGAUCACGCCGAAAAUUAGUUUUUCUAUUGCAUCAGAGAAGAAACACUUUCCGCACAUCGCCUUUCAGAAAAAAAAGAGGCAGAAAGAGAGAGAGAGGAAGGAAAAAGGAGAGAAACCAUCUACGAUGAUUUCUUGAAAAAAAUCGCAUUUUCCGGAAAUUAAGUUAAUCAAACUUGAGAAAAAAGGAUUUGAUAAAUUUCCUUUAUCUCUAGAGUGAGCUCGGAAUAUUACAGCGGUUACGCGUUUUAUGUUCAAUAAUUAUAUUGCCGUCUCGCUUAAAGUUUGUCAAACUUUAAAACGCUUUAUCAUGUUGCGCGGUGAUGAUGCUGCAGUUUCGCCCUCGCGCGCGCGCGAGUAAGUGUGAACGCUCUUGCAGCUAAGCUAAUCCUUUAUUACAUUUUCAUGACUGAUAAAGGAGCGUAUCGCCAAACAUAAGAAUUUACACUCAAGUUGAAUCUGUUGUACUCGCAGCACCGACGGAAAAUUUUCGAAGAAGCCAACACUUUGUUUUUCUCGUCUAAACGGAGCACUUUAUUCAAUAAGGGACGCAUCUGCGAGAGCCCGCUGGUGGUCUGGCUAUGAAGAGAAACCAAGAACACGUUCAACGCGCAGCGAGCGCGAAAUACAAGAACGCGAGCUAAAGUGAAUACGUCGAGUUACCGCUAAGCGCUUCAUGUCCAUUACGGUUUUAUUCGCCCUCAAUCCACCACGGUGGACGAAAGAGACCAUCCAGCAGUAAAGGUGAGCGGCGCCAUUGUAACUUCGCCCGAGAUCGGCGGAAGUCGAGAAGGAAAAAGGAACGGGGAGCAAUAGACAGGCUCACCUCCAACCGUCACCGGGAAUAGAGCCGCAAGGGUCGCAAGCUGUGAAUAAUAAUAAAAAAAAGAAGGAAAGUUGGAAACAGAGAGAGAAAAGGAGGGGCGAAGAAAGGAAGAGACAGAGAUAGAGAAAGAGAGAGAAGAGAGGCGACGAAAUCGCAGAUUUAAUAAAGACCGUUUGAGAGAGCGCUAAGCGAAAACCGAUUUCAUUAUAAUAUCCUCCCAUUCUCUCCCUUUCCUCGUCGAUCCGUUCGUGUGUAGCGCGCGAUCGAAUGCUGACUAUCGCGAGAUCGCGUCUCGCCGUGCCUCCUAUUACGUCGACGCUUGCUCCUCCGACUUGUCGUCCGUUUCGGUCCAUCUCGCUCUUCCAUUUUGCGCGGAAGCGAGAGCCGGAAUGCCCGGGUGGCCAUCACGCGGAACGACGAAAUUAAUGGCAGUUUGGGUUAAUUAAAUUUUUCUCCCUCGUCCACGUAACUGCAGACGGAAUCGCGAUCCGAAAGAGAACACGAGGCACUCCAGCUUAGUCGACUCGCAUUAUUGAUGCAAACGGGUCUAAAUGUGUGAGCGAACGCAGCUGACUGUGGUGCCUGCAAUUUUCUAACACACACACACACACAUACAUGUACACACAUACGUGUUCUCUCUCUUCCAUCACGGAGAACGUCGUUCACAUAAUGCCAUCCAUAAUUAAGAAAGUUUCAAUGUGACCAGCGCGCGCUUCGAUUUUCCAUCGGUUUCAUUGAGGGCACAUACCGCAACCAAUACAUCAAAUUCGGGAACAUGAUUUCCGUUAUGAGCGCGUAGCGCCACGGCGGUCGUUAUUACAGGUUUCACUGUAAGGGAAUUUAAAAUAUCCCGAACGAGCCAGAAGGGACUCCGACCCGUGAGAGAUUAAAACCUGCUGUUUCAGAGCAUUACAAAGGGCGAAAAAGAUAAUGUUCCUCGCCAUUUUCCAGCUAACGUGACUGCGCGCAGAACUUAAGCGCUAUGGAGAACGAGGCCGCGGGGUUUACGUAUGACGAGCUAUACCGUUAAUGUAACGCACUUUUGUGCUCACCCUCGAGCACCGAGACGUGAUUCUGCAGAACAAGUACCGCAACGGGGGAAAUGGAAACAAGUAGACUACUGCUGACGCUCCCGAGUGCAAAGAGCACUAUCAGACAAGACGGUAAACAAAGACGCAACCUGCGGAGCCGACUCACAAUCAGAUGCUGGCGAGAUACAGUCUUGCAAACAAGAUCUCGGAGAUCGCGCCGCAAUCAUUAGGGAUUAUACUACUUUGCUAUAAACUAUCGCGUUCAUCAACUUUAUUUAAUUUAUCCUUUCGGUCGCUGAUACGCAUUUUCAUCAUAUAGGGAGACCGGCGCACAGUGGGGCAAAUCGGGGGAAAAACGGCCAAAAAUCUAUAAAAUCCGUAAAACUGAACAGAUUUCGAUGAAAUUUACGAGAUAUGUAAAAUUAAGGGUGUAUAUUUGAAUUAUGGAUUUAUGUGUAAUGUAUCCAUUCAGGGGCGUUUAUUUCUUUUAGAGGGAGGGACUAUACACGUAAAUGUGAACUAAAAAUUCUAAAUUAAGCAUGCCAAUAAUAAAAAUAACUUAUUAAAAGUAUUAUAAGUGGCGAUCGUGGCACAGAGAUGAGCACUACUCUGUGGAACUAAAGAGUUGUGAGUUCAAAUCCAAACAAAAACUUGUCGGUUUUAUACACUGAAAUGUAUGCAUAGCAGUGGGUGUAUACAGGUGUAAACGAUCACUACCUCUCGAUGGAGAAUGGUGACCUAUCAUAUUGUACACACAUACACACGUAUGUUGUGUGGAAAAAUGAAUAACGUAUAAUCAUACGUAUUCGCAUAUAAUUCGGAACACUGUCCGGCGUCAUAGUUUACAAAAACGUUCCGCUUUAUAUUAUUCGUAAUUUUCACAUCUGCAAAUAUCUGCAAAGGAGAUUUUUACCAACACUUAGGAGAGAUGUUAAAGAAGAAUUCCAUCUAUCACACAACUUGUCUGUUGUUGUAUAUCAUUAUUAAAAAUGUGUUGAAAGAAUGAUCUUUUGCACUAUUUCCUUGAAAUUAGCCUAGUACUCAGGGACUGUUUAAGAAACACUUAUGUACACAAUUAAAUGUUUAAUUUUUUAAAUAAGUUCUAAACGUCAGUAAGUAAUAAAUUCAAUACGUUAAAAACAUUUAUUGCCUUUAGUUGAUUUUUAAAAGCAACUCAAACUGUUUCGAAUAUUUGAUCAAAAAUAUGAAUUAAAUUUAGCUAUUUUUACAUACUCAAAAAAACAUUAAAUUUUUUAAAUACUUGAUGUUUAUAGAGUUUCUAAUACUUUGAGAUGUUAUACAACAGAUUUUAAUAGUUAUUAUGGAAAAUAAAAAUAUUGCUCAAAACCUAUUUUUGGCCGCGUUGCCCCACUGUGCGGCGUUGGUUGUCACACGGAUUGGUUGUCACAGUGUUGAUUUUUCGGUUGCUAGAAUUGCUAGAAGGAGUUUGCCGGUAUUGUUAGAGCAACAACCAUCCAUUUGUCAAACAGUGAGUGUAAUUUCAUGAACAUAAUUACAUAAAAUCGAUUUUUAAAAACGAUUUCUCAUUUUGCUGAUAAAGUAUUAUGAUGUUACUAAAGUAUUUUUAUUAAUUAUUAAAAUAACAUAGACAUUAUUUUUAUUAUAUAUAGUUAAUAGGCCAUGAUUUGAAGUAUUUUAUUCUGCCUUUACAAAAUCCCUACUUUAGGUUAGACUAACAGCUAAACUUUAGUUUACAAAAUGGCCCAGUGGGGCUGGUUGUUUCAGAAGCUAUGGGAUGGUUGUCACACUGGGACAACCCAGUUACAACCCGCAUACAAUAAUUAUAUUUUUUUAUAUGAAAAUAUAACUUUCAAAUAUUUAAUAAACCUAAAUUUAAUACCUAAGCCUCUUGUUUAAACAUCUGUCCAGCAGAUGUUUCAUUAUUAUGCUUUGAGCAUUCUAGUCUAGAAACUCUAUGUUUACCAAAACUGCAACUUUUUAGAAUAGAUUCUUGAUAUUAAAAAUUGUUUCAUUUGUAUUUACUUAUAAUUAGUAGUAUUAGAAUUUUUUAUUUUGUUUUUCCUAUUUCUUAUCAGUACUAUAUGUUAAUUAGAUUCAUAUUAGAUUUAUUAAUUGUAUGUCAUAUUCUUCAGUUCAUGCUUAAAAUACACUGUGACAAUCAACCCCUGUGUUUGAGAGAAUCAAUCCUGCAGCGGGGAAGAUUGUCACACUUUGCACAAAGUUUUUAAAGUUCUUGUAAGUGUGUUUAAAAUCAUUAGAAAAUUGCAACUAACUUUUUUAGGAUGCGUUAAGGAUAGAAUCUAACAACGGCAUCACUUUUGUGCAUAAAAAUAAAGUAUAAAAAAUUCAUAAAUGAAAAGUGUGACAAUCAACCCCGGUUUCCCUAUACAUAUAUAUUUGCCGUAGAAAAAGAAAUUCGAUACAAUUUAAUCGUAAAUUAAUUUACGCGAUCGGAAUAAUAUUGUAAUCAGCACGCUGAUUGAAUAAACAGGAAUCUUACUGAUGUGCACCGUAUCAGCUUACUAAUGUCACGUCGAAUAGUAUCACUGGUGAACUAGAAAAUUGAGAGCGGAAUAUAUAUACGCGUGCGCGUGCGGGUGUUUCUAUAUGGUAAUAACAUCGAGAUUGAUAGUAAUACAAAUGACAGCAUACUGACGCAUUUUUGCGUCGAGUCAAAUACGCCCGCCGUAUUAUUUACGCGCCCCGACGUAUAUCCGAUUGCGCGUCAACAGCGCGAAUACGUUAAUGCGCUGAUGUUAAUGCACACUCUUUUUUUGUCAGCAAACUCGUUAUUUCGCUCGCCCAUUUAUGAAAUCUUCGUAAUUCCCGGCGAACUGGCUCAUUAAAAGGGACGUUCAGGUUUAAUCAACAUUUAACGCGUAUAAAUUCAACAUAUACCUCCGUGACACCAUAACGAUACACCGGCUCGUUAAUUAAAUACACAGAAAAUUCGCGUUACGUCUCCCACGGGGGUAUCCCGCAUUGUUAAGCGCAUAAUUCCCGCCGCGCCGAAAUCUCCGCCCAACCGGGGGGAAAAAAGCUACAAGUCCAAAAAUAUAUUUCCAUGAGCGGGGUUGUUACUGGCUGAUCGGAUUAUACGGGAGCUUUCCGCUACACGCGCAGAUUACGAUACGUGGCCGCGUAAUAUUGAUACGCCGUGUUAUCGAUGGUAUCGCGUUCGCGCACUGGGCAACCGCGUACUCGCUAAAUCACCGAGUGAAACAAUGCAUUCGCAUUCGCGCUGUUAAAAUCAAUUAGAAGGCUACGUAAACGCUCCGCCGCAAAUCCGUCGCGCGCGCAGUGCGCGCGCGUGCUUAUCUUUACAAUUAACUCUGUAAUUAAUCGCGCGCGCGCGCGCGGAAUGUUUUGUAACGAAUCUUAAUUCGAGCGUUGCAUCGCAAUGUCGCAGCGACACGAUAUCCCCGAGAACGCACACGUCAAAUUCGAAACUCAAACAUGAUGGCCGAUGAAAAUUAAACACCUCGUGAACUCCGAAACCCCAUAACGGAUAAUAAUCUCGUAUCCCGCGCGAGCAUCUCUUCUCUUAAUCUCUAAUAAAACUCUCCCGCCAGAUAUAUCAACAGUAAUUUGCAUCAUCCCACGCAGAACUCCCACUAAGGGCUGGAGAAACCGCGCGAGUAACGUGGACGCAUUAAUUACUUCGUUUCGCUUUGACCGUCGCUCAAAGGCGCGCGCGAUACCCCUAUACGGAGGCAACGGGGGAGGAAAUCUCCAAUGUAGCUAACGGACCUUGUCGCUUAUUUGCUCCGCAAAAUCCGUGGCAAAUUCGGGGUCGGAGGAGGUCUGCGGAGGAGAAACGACUUGUGCCGAGCGAGCGGCCGGAAAGUGGAUUUUGAGGAAUGACGCGAUCCAUCUCAAGACGUCAAAGUUGCGCGUACUAAUUACGACACGGUCCCCGUCGACGUGUCGCCGUUUCCCUCGCAAGCCUCGCCCCAGGAAGGGCCGGAGAGAUCCUUCAGAGAGGCUGUUCCCGCUUCUCGACCACGGAGACAUCCGUCAAAUUCCGUUCCGAGGAAGCCGCAGCUUCUCCCUGCCGACGACGUAUGGUCACACGCUCGCUCGUCAGGGCGGUGAGAGACGACGUCGCUCCAUUUCCCGCGUGGCAAAAUGGUGUGGCAGCACAAAUACUCUGCCUAAGGUGCAUCGACAACUUUCGAUGUAACGGGGGUGCAAAGCGAGGAGCCGCGGCGGUGAAGUCCAAGUGUCGGCGCGAGAAACGAUGAACGAAUCGGGACGAGCCGGGAACGAAGCGGUGCGAUAAUAAUAAUAUGUGGACGACGCGGCCACGGACCAGACGAAAGUGGCGACUGCCGUCGACCCGGUCGUGCAAAGAACGUGACAAUCGGCGGAGCGGCCGUCGGGACAGCUUCCGCAUCAUCUACUCGGUGAUACUGGCGGCCUGCAUGGCGACGCAGGAGGCGAGAGGCGCCAAGUGUCCGCCACCGGACACAAUACCGGGCUGCCCGUGCUACAACUUCGAGAACGGCGGUCUGUUCCUGGAGUGCGCAGGUGCCACCGAGGAGUCCCUCAGGAACGCUUUGUCCGGGGUGAUACAUGCCGCCGGUGGGGAAGGGGCAAUUGUUCAAUCGUUGAGCGUGUACGAAUUAGAUCGAAAGGUGGAGGAACUUCGGUCCGCCGCAUUCCCGGCGGGCUCGCAAAUUAGGCACCUGCAAAUAUCGCAUUCCGCGAUCCGUGAAAUAAGCGAGGAUGCUUUCGAGCGACUAAGCAAAAGCCUGGAAUCCUUGGCACUUGUAUUCGGUCGACUACCUCACGUACCUCAAAAGGCUAUGGCCACUCUGAGCCUACUCAAAGCGUUGGAACUAGAGGCCAACCUCGUUUACGAGCUGCCUAGUUUCAGUUUCUACGGGCUCUCGUUAAUUAAACUGAAUCUAAAAGGUAAUCAAAUCAUGAAAAUUUCGGAGUACGCCUUUGCCGGGCUUGAGAGUACUUUAAAGGAUCUGGAUCUGGCGGAGAACAAGAUCAGGGUAUUCCCCAUGACGUCCUUAAGAAGAUUAGAGCAUCUCACGUCCUUGAGACUCGCUUGGAACGAAGUAUCGCAGCUCCCGGAGGACGGCUAUUCUAGGCUGGACGCCUUAAACUUCCUCGAUCUGAGUAGCAACAAUUUCAAGGACAUCCCGCUCAAUUGCUUCCGCUGCUGUCCGUCCCUCAAGACCCUCUCCCUUUAUUACAACGCGGUCGAGUCGGUAGACAAAGAUGCCUUUAUAUCGCUGAUCGAUCUCGAGUCGAUAGACCUCAGCCACAACAAGAUCGUGUUCCUUGACGUGGCUACCUUCCGUGCCAAUCAAAAGCUCAGGUCGAUCGAUCUCAGCCACAAUCACAUACACUAUAUCCGGGGCGUGUUCUCGAGGCUGCCCGAACUGAAGGAGCUCUUCCUGGCGGAAAAUAACAUACUCGAGAUACCGGCGGAGACAUUCGCCGGCAGCACGAGCCUCUCGGUCGUGUACCUCCAGCAGAACGCCAUCAGGAGAAUCGACGCGCGCGGCCUGACCACGCUCGAUCAAUUAGCGCAGCUGCACUUGAGCGGAAAUUACAUCGAGAAAGUGCCGCGCGACUUCCUCGAGCACUGCGAGAAUCUGUCAACGCUCUCGCUCGACGGUAAUAACAUCCGCGAGCUCGAGGUCGGUACGUUCGCCAAGGCGAAGCAACUGCGCGAGCUGCGGCUGCAGGACAACCAGAUCACCGAGGUGAAACGUGGCGUGUUCGCGCCGUUACCAUCCCUCUUGGAGUUGCAUCUGCAAAACAACGCCAUCACGGACAUGGAGACCGGCGCGCUCAGAUCGUUGCACAGUCUGCAGCACGUGAACCUGCAGGGUAAUCUGCUCGCGGUACUUGGCGACGUGUUCCAAGUGUCGAACGAUAUUGGCCAGAGCGAAAACAGCGGUAGCUCCUUGGUCUCCAUUCAACUGGACAACAAUGGACUUGGCGUCUUGCACAAUGACUCAUUAAGGGGCCAAGCCUCAGUCAGGAUCAUGUGGCUCGGCCACAAUAGGCUGACUCGUCUUCAAGCCCCAUUGUUCCGGGACCUGUUGCUGGUCGAACGCCUAUAUCUCACAAACAAUUCCAUCUCGCGGAUAGAAGAUACCGCGUUCAAGCCGAUGCAGGCGCUCAAAUUUCUCGAGCUCAGUAUGAACCGGUUGAGCCACGUGACCGCCAAGACCUUCUCGGAGCUCCACGAGCUCGAGGAGCUCUAUCUGCAGGAUAACGGUCUACGUCGCUUGGACCCUUACGCCUUGACGGCCCUCAAGAGAUUACGCGUCCUCGACCUGGCUAAUAACCACUUGAACGUGCUGCACGACAAGAUCUUCCAGGAAGGACUGCCGAUCAGGACUCUCAACCUGAAGAAUUGCACCGUCAGCGUGAUCGAGCACGGUGCCUUCCGCGGGCUGAACAACCUCUACGAGUUGAAUCUCGAGCACAAUCAUUUCACUGCCACGGCCUUAGACCGUCUAGAUAUACCGGGAUUAAGGGUGUUGAGAAUAUCGUACAACAACUUUAGCCAGAUCAACGCCAACUCCUUGGACGGGCUGCCGUCCCUUCAGCAUCUGGCGAUGGACUCGUCGCAGAUCCAUCGGAUGCCGGCCGAGAUAUUUUCGAAGAACAAGAAUCUGGCCAAGUUGUUGCUCAGCAACAAUCUGCUACGAGUACUGCCAGCGAUGCUGUUCCUGGGCUUGGAGGCGCUCAAGGAGAUCAAACUCGACGGCAACAUGUUCCAGGAAGUUCCAUAUGACGCGUUCGCGAACGCCACCACGGUGGAGUUUCUCUCGCUGGCCAACAAUGUUCUCGUUCACGUGGACAUGUCGCGAUUGAGCGGACUGAUCAGUUUGCGGGAGCUCGACUUGCGCGGCAACAACAUCAAGUCCCUCACCGGAUUCGCGUCCGUCAACUUCUCGCGCCUGAUAUCCGUGGAUCUCAGCCACAAUCACUUGACGGCACUUCCGGCGAACUUCUUCGCCCGCUCGAACAUGCUGCGGAAGAUCGAGCUGGCGGCCAACAAAUUCCGGCAGAUACCCGCCGUGGCGCUCACGGCUCAGAAUAUACCGGCCCUGGCCUGGUUGAACGUCACGGCUAACCCCCUCGUACGAAUACACGAGAUUAGCUCGGAGGCAAAGUAUCCGGCUCUGCAGGAGAUUCACAUCUCUGGCACGAACCUGACGAUAGUUACCAGCCAAGACUUUGAGGCGUUCCCCGCGCUGAUGCAUCUCUUCAUGGGCAGCAACAUGAUAUCUAGAGUAUCGCCGAGCGCGUUUCGCAGUCUACCGAAUUUACUGACGUUGGAUUUGAGUGUGAACGAGCUGGAGCUGCUGCCACAGGAGAGACUGAAGGGACUGGAACACCUCAGGUUGCUAAAUCUCACGCACAACCGUCUGAAAGAGCUCGAGGACUUCCCGCCCGAUCUGAAGGCUUUGCAAGUGCUCGAUCUCUCGUACAAUCAGAUAAGCGGAGUGGGAAAGAGCACGUUCCAGCACCUGGAGAAUCUGGUGGAGUUGCACCUCUACGGGAACUGGAUAUCAUCGAUCUCGCCGGACGCGUUCAAGCCGCUGAAGAAGCUCAGGAUUCUAGAUCUAAGUAGAAACUACUUAGCGAACUUACCACUGAAUGCCUUUCGACCCCUCGAAACGCAAAUACGAAGUCUACGAGCUGAGGAAAAUCCACUGCACUGCGACUGCGAGUCACAAGAGCUCUGGGAGUGGCUACGCGAUCAUCAGAAGCUGGUCGGCGGCGGGAUGAGCCGAAAUCGCGGGGGACUCAGGGUAAAUGACAUGGAUGGCGGCCUGUUGAGGUGCGAACAGCCGCCGGAGCUGCGCGGCCUGGUGUUUCUGGACCUGGACCCACACGCCUUCUGCUCCGCGCCCCUGGUCCUGAAACUGGCGAUCCAGGACAUUCAACCGUUCUCCGUUCUGGUGUCGUGGCAGAGCAGGAAUCAUUCUGGCCUGCGGGGCUAUCAGGUGGCCUAUCACGCUCUGGACAACAACGUUGACGAGGUACGUGCCAAAAUUCUCGAGCCCAGCGCGCGCUCGGUGAAAUUGUCGAAAUUGUCGUCCAACACUCGCUACCUGAUCUGCGUGUUUGGUCUCGGUAACUGGAUGAUGUCGCGGAUGGAGGAUGCUCCAACGACGGAGCAGCUGAACUUCACGCAGAUCGAGAUACUCGCGUCCAUGCCGAGCUCGCAGAUGACGGACACCUCGACCAGCCGUUGCACGGAAGUGAAAACGCUCGAUGCACCAGACGCGAUAAUCAGCAGCGAUGGAUCGGCAAUGGGUGACGUCGGCAGCGUCAGCAGCUUCCUGACAAGGCGGCUGGGUCUGAUAGUCGGUUGUUGCAUGGGCUUCAUCGUCUUCCUCCUGCUGGUGUCCGUACUGGCGUAUCUCAAAGUCAAGAAACAACGGGAGGCGAUCAAGAGGGAACAGCAGCCGAUACCGCCGGAGUACAUAUCGUAUAGGCACUUCAGCAUACAGAGCGGCGAAGCCGGACAUACGACCGCCGCCAGGCAGAUCGCCAAUCAGGACACGAACGGCCAGCACCCGAACUUGGUCGGGAACACCACGCUGAACGUAUGAGAAAAGCCACGGAACUCCCGACUCGUGGAGGUUUCGAACGUGUGAGCAGGAUCGAAUGCGCGAUUCGAGCAUGUUAACGCGGUUCGAAGGGCUCCCGACGUGGAAGUUUCGAAUUCAAGCCAACGAGGGUAUACUCGAAAUUGGACGACUGUGUGUCGAAUUCUGUGUGUCGAACACGACGCCACUGACUGUUUCAAGAACUGCGGGAUUGUCGCAAUUAGCAAUGUUGCGCGCGCUCAAGUGACGUGCAUUCGACACGGAGAGAGUGCGCGUGGUUGACUCACCAGCGAUCGAAUUGAUCAUGCGGUCAUCGUUGCCGAGGAGCAUCACUACCAUCCUGGCUACGCCAGGACCUUCGCGAAACAAGUCAACGAAAAGAGAGUUUGAGUGAGCUCGAGUGUGAGUGAGUGUGCAUACGUAGGUGAGAAAAUGCGUGCGCGAAUGGAAUCUUUAUCGAGUAACGCAGCAUUUUAUAAAGGAUUUUCUACGAGUCUGAUUUUUCUGUUCAAAAUAGCUUUAAUCACUUCACGAGCGUAUUGAACGAAAUGGAAUUGGAGGAACGAACGCGGGUGUCUCGCAAGAGUUGUACAGAGCAGGAAAUGAAUUCUCGGUAAUAUAUAUAUAUAUAUAUAUAUAUAUAUAUAUAUAUUAUAUAUACAUAGAGGUAUAUAGGAAAAAUGAUAUGUGAAACACACGUGCAGCUCUCGUAUACUCUAAAAAAUCUUAUAGCUUUUGAACAAGACGAGAUGUAUAUAAUAGCGCUCUUUGUCUCUAUAUCAAGAAUAUAAAUUGCGAUCGAUUCAGCCAAGGUUCCUUUUCUCUGUCUAUUCCUUCCUCUCUCUCUGUCUCCUUUUUACCUCUCUGUGGGAUUCUUUUAAACUUCCUAUUUGUUAAAUUGGAAUCUUCGGAAUACUAGGGAUAUACAUAGAACGUCUAAACCGACGCGCGCAAUCUGAAAGACCAAAGCUGCACGAUGUAGAUAGCUAAAAGUAUAUCGAAUAGAGGUACAAGGAACUAUCGUGAGUAUAAAGACGAGUACGCGUUUUAUUCGCGAGGGAUCGAUCGAAUUCGUUCGUGCUUCGGAGGGGCGAAUGUCCCUUCCCGCGUGUCUUUGUAGAAUAAACGCUCCGUCUUCUUCAAGAAAUAUGAAAUUUUCAAGAGUGUAUGAAACUCGAUUUCGCGCGUGCUGCGGACGAUUAUAUGAGCAUAAGGAGGCACGCUAGACUUGGUCCCGGUGAUGUAACACGGAGCGCAUUUGCCGAACGAUUUACGACUAAACAAUGCGCUAUUACAUAUCAUCCAAUCCAGUCACCAAUAUGCGCGGAUAUGGAAUCGAGCGAGGCGGCUGUGAAGUGGCUAUUGUGUUUUCUUAAUGGCUUGGCAAACCGCGCGGUUUAGAACGUCACCACGCACCAAUCUCGCAAAAUGGCAUGCCAUUUUACAGUAAACGCUCGCCGGCGGUACCAUCAAUUUCCGAUUGGGCCGAGGUGCGGAUCAUCAUCAGGACGUACGAUGGGAUGGGAAAAAUUGUUCGCGUCCCUGCGAGCGAUCGAUCGCAAGCGCGGAUUGCAGAUGAAAGAGGAGGGGUGUAAAAAGCAGGUGUAAAAAGCAAGUGUAAAAAAAA